AUGUCGACGGGCGUGAUGGAACAUCUGGUCGAAGUGAUGGAGAUUGUGGCUGGAAUGACAAAAAAGAAAAGGUUCUGCGACUUGGUCCAAGAUGUAUUUAGUGUAACACUAUUCGUACAAUUCAGCGUAGCUUCUUGUAUAAUUUGCGUAGUGCUGUUCAGAUUCACAUUGCCGGCACCAUGGCAGUACUUCAUAUUUUUGGGAUCGUAUAUGGUCAUUAUGAUCCUUCAAAUCAUGGUACCCUGUUGGUUCGGCACCCGCAUCCAGGAUAAGAGUCAACAGCUAUCCCAGGCCGUGUACGAUUGCAACUGGACCGCUAAGUCCCGCUACUUUAAGAGCAGUCUGCGGCUCUUCGUGGAGCGGACCAACAAACCUCUCUCGAUAACGGCCGGGAAAAUGUUUCCACUCUCGCUUACCACUUUCACUUCUAUUAUGAAUUCUUCGUACUCAUUCUUCACUCUGCUGCGCCACAUGCAAUCUCGUCAAAAUUAGAUCUGUAUCGAAUCAAAAUUUUACCAAGCAUUCACGCCAUUUACAAAAUGUAAUCAAUUCCAGUAAGUUGACUCAGUAUAAAUUUAGUUGAAAUUAAGGUCUCCGCUAAAAUAUCAGACCAGUGACAAAAGGUAGCACGAAUUCGGUUACUUAAAAUUUCAAAGCUUUAUUAAUUUUCACCCCGGCGCGGCAUAUUGAUUAUAAUUAAAAUGAAAGUGAACUUCAAGGUCCGCAAAUUAUUUUUGAUUGAUGGAUGUAAGGUGAAAUUGUGAUGUAUUCAGCGGUGUUCAUGGUAAAGUUAGUAUUGUGUGAUAAAGUUAUGUGAAUAAGGUUUUUUUGGAAUAUUUAAGACAAACUCUUAAAUACUCUUAACUAGACGUUACAUCGCGUUGGGUGGACGACAAUUUUUUUUUGGGAUAGGAGGC